AUGUCUUAUCUAGAGAAAUUUAACUCCAAGUCGGCAAGAGUAAAAGGAUUGGCCUUUCAUCCGAAACGGCCGUGGAUUUUAUCGAAUCUUCAUACGGGUGUAAUAGAAUUGUGGGAUUAUCGGUCUUGUACCCUUAUUGAUAAAUUUGAGGAACACGAAGGACCAGUUCGCGGAAUCGACUUUCACAACAAUCAGCCUCUCUUCGUUUCUGGCGGUGAUGAUUACAAGAUUAAAGUGUGGAACUACAAACAGCGAAAGUGUCUAUUCACACUACAUGGCCACAUAGACUACAUUCGUACAACCUUUUUUCAUCACGAGUACCCCUGGAUACUUAGUGCCUCUGAUGAUCAAACAAUUCGCAUUUGGAACUGGCAAUCUCGCACAAUGGUUUGCGUCCUUACUGGGCACAGUCAUUAUGUAAUGUGUGCCCAGUUCCAUCCGAAAGAAGAUCUCGUCGUCUCAGCGUCUCUUGAUAAAACUGUUCGCGUGUGGGACAUUUCCGGUUUCCGCAAGAAGAAUGUUGCACCAACUCACAUAUCCGGGAUUGAGGAGCAGAUGCGUUAUCUGUCGGGUGGAGGUGGAUCAAUUAGUCACGCUGGUUUAGGAGGAAAUGCUGAAUUAUUCGGAGCCAGCGACGUAGUUGUGCAAACCAAAGCCUGGUGUCUGGACACAUUGCGAGGUCACACCAAUAACGUGAGCUGCGCCGUGUUCCACCCCAAGCAGGACCUACUAAUAUCCGAUUCGGAGGACAAGACAAUUCGCGUGUGGGAUCUCGCCAAACGAGCGUGCGUCUCGACGAUUCGCCGCGAGUCCGACCGUUUCUGGGUGCUGGCGGCGCACCCCACGCACAGCCUCUUCGCCGCCGGCCACGACGAGGGCAUGGUCGUCUUCAAGCUGGAGCGCGAGAGGCCCGCGUGGACCAUCCACAGGGACAUCCUCUACUACGUGAAGGGCAAGCAACUGAGAAAGCUAGAUUUUACCGCCACCAAGGAUUCGUCUGUGAUGACCAUUAAAGAGUGGGUUUCUUGUGGUUUCCUUUUUCCAUUUUUUUGUGUAAUUACGUGCGCGACCGCUCGAGGCCACUUUCACACACUUGAUGUUGGCUGUCUCGCGGUUUCUCACGGUACACCAUUUGCCAUAGCAUUGAAUCACAUCGAGAAUUCCGUCAUCAUCACUUCGCGCCCACAAUUCGCCGAAUCAGGCACGUCUAACCAUAGUGCCUCCCAAAUCACCUACGAUCUUUACCAGCUGCCGAAAGAUGGUGCCACCGUCGACACCGUCUCAGACAGCCGCAGUGGUCUCGGUUCGGGAGCCACCUGGAUUGGGCGCAACAAAUUCGCCGUGCUGGAGGCUCCAGGCACUGUCGCAGUGCGUAACUCCGCUAAUGAAAAACUGAAAAAGAUCGAUCUAGGCGGUGCCGAUUCCAUUUUCUACGGGGGCACGGGCAACCUUUUGGUGCGCGACUCAACCACUUUGAGUCUCUACUCAGUCGCCAAUGGGCGAACCCUCGCCACGCUCAAAAACACCAAACUCAUUCGCCAUGUGAUCUGGUCCCAGGAUGGUCAGCACGUGGCCUUAUUUAGCAAACUCUUCCUCUAUCUCUGCGAUCGGCAAUUGGAGAUGAAAACGAGUAUCCACGAGACUGUACGAAUUAAGAGUGGUGCUUGGGCCGAGGAAGAGGGCGUUUUUAUUUACACGACCUCUACUCACAUCAAGUAUAGUCUACUAAACGGAGACCAUGGGAUUAUACGCACCCUGGAUUUGCCUAUUUACAUUACUAAAGUCCGCGGUGACUCCAUUUUCUGCCUCGAUCGUGACUGCCAGCCAAAGGUCCUGUCUGUUGAUCCAACUGAGUAUCGAUUCAAACUCGCCCUGGUUAAUAGACGCUACGAAGAGGUGCUCUACAUGGUCCGGCAUGCGAAUCUUACCGGGCAGGCAAUAAUCGGCUACCUUGAACAGAAGGGUUAUCCGGAGGUGGCCCUGCAUUUCGUCAAGGACACUCGAACACGCUUCUCUCUUGCCAUGGACUGCGGGCAACUUGAUGUCGGUCUGGAAGCAGCGCGUGCUCUUGACGAUAAGGCCUGCUGGGAACGACUAGGUGAGCUUGCUUUGCGCCAAGGCAACAUUAACAUCCUUGAAUUAUCCUAUCAGCGGACAAAAAAUUUUUCAAAGCUCAUGUUCCUCUACCUCAUUACGGGCAAUUUGGAGAAACUGCGGAAGAUUAAAAAGAUAGCCGAGGUGCGACGAGAAUUCGGGAAGCAGUAUCAGAUCGCUUUGCUCCUGGGGGAUGUAGAGGAACGUGUAAAAGUGCUCAAGUCCUGCAACCGCGGCUCCCUGGCCCUCCUGACCGCCUUGACCUACGGGCUGGCGGAGGAAGCAGAGCAGUUGGCUGCAAAUGUGGAUGUCUUGCCCGCACUUAACCCCUCUGCCAAGCUCUUAGCACCCAGUCCACCAGCCGCGAAAUUUGUGCCAGGAGCGGAGGAAAAUUGGCCUACGCUGAGUGUUCACAAAGACUUCUUUGAGGCAGCAAUUGGAAAAGCGAGGUUGGAUGAUGACGAUGAAGUUGCUUCAGGUCCAAGAAUUCGCCUUCCCGGUGCAGAUAAGGCCGGAUUUGCCUUGGACGCUGCUGAUGUUGCAAACUGGGGGGAUGAUGCCGACUUGGGAUUGGACGGUGAUGAAGGAAAACCGUCGGAGGUUGGACUCGAAAAUGUGGAAGGCGAUGAACAAAUUGGCGAUGGAGAAGGUGGUUGGGACGUGGAGCAGGACCUUGAUCUGCCACCAGACUUGAUCGACGCCUUGCCGACUCCCUCCUCCGAGGAAAAGUCGUCGACGUCGACCUUCGUCGAGCCCUCCCCCGGUCGCUCGCCCGCAAGUUACUGGACCGACAACUCCUCGCUUGCCGUCGACCACAUCCUGGCAGGUUCCUAUGCCCAGGCGAUGCGCCUCCUGCAUCAACAGGUCGGCGUGGUUGACUUCACGCUCUACGCGCCCAUCUUCCACUCCCUCUUCGCAUCCUCCCGCGUCGUUCUCCCCGGCCUGUGUUAUACUCCCUCGCUGUGCGUGUACCCCCAGCGCAAUUGGGCUGGUCUGAAGUCGCUUGCUUUGGGUCUCCCGGUUGUGCCGAUUCGCCUCGAGCACCUCAUCGCGCGUCUGCAAACCGCUUACCAACUCACCACGAAGGCCAAAUUCGCGGAUGCCGUGGAUCGCUUCCGGUCGAUUAUGCUCUCGGUGCCCCUCCUUGUUGUAGAAAAUAACACCGAGGAAGCCGAGGCCAAGAGUCUCAUCAACAUUUGCAAGGAGUACAUAGUCGGUCUGCAAAUGGAAAUGACUAGGAAGUCCUUACCGAAGGAGACUGAUGAGGAGAGGGUUCGCAACGUGGAAAUGGCCUGCUAUUUCACCCACAUGAAGCUUGAACUUCCUCAUCUCGUGUUGACUCUGCGCACAGCAGUGAACCUCCUCUUCAAGCUUAAAAAUUUCCGCGCUGCCGCUUUGAUGGCCCGUCGACUACUGGAUCUAGCUCCUUCACCGGAGGUCGCAGAACAGACGCGCAAGAUUCUCAAAGUCUGUGACUCUAACCCCGUAGACUCCUUCAACUUGGCGUACGACCCUCGCAACCCCUUUGAGGUUUGUGCUGCCUCCUACACCCCCAUUUACCGAGGUCAGGAGUGCAUUCGGGAUCCCCUUUCCGGCGCAGCCUAUCGGCCUGAAUUCAAGGGCCAACUGUGUCGGGUCACCAAGGCCACGGAGAUUGGACUCUCUACCUGCGGAAUUUGCAUUCAAAUGCCCAAAUCACGCUAA